UCUCCGGUGCCUUCUUCUCCUCCUCCUCCUCCUCCUCCUCUUCCGCGCCCUCCUCGCCGAAUUUCUGAAGUUCCAUUGAAAGGAAACCUUGAAGAUUGCAAGACAAGUCCAAGAUGUGCAGUUCAGUUGCUCCCAGGCUGUGGUUCUUAACAGACCGUCGCAUCAGAGAAGAUUACCCUCAGCAGGAGAUCUUGAGAGCGCUGAAGGCCAAGUGCUGUGAAGAGGAGCUGGACUUCCGGGCCUUGGUGAUGGAUGAAGUGGUGUUGACCAUUGAGGAUGGCAAUCUUGGUCUCCGGGUGAAUGGGGAGCUCAUUACUGCUUACCCACAAGUGGUGGUUGUGCGUGUACCAACACCUUGGGUCCAGAGUGACAGUGAUAUCACAGUCCUUCGCCACCUAGAGAAGAUGGGCUGUCGAUUGAUGAAUCGUCCCCAAGCCAUCCUCAACUGUGUCAACAAGUUCUGGACGUUUCAGGAACUUGCUGGUCACGGUGUGCCUCUUCCAGACACUUUUUCAUAUGGUGGUCAUGAGAAUUUUGCCAAAAUGAUUGAUGAGGCGGAAGUGCUGGAGUUCCCUAUGGUGGUGAAGAACACGCGGGGUCACCGAGGUAAAGCUGUGUUCCUGGCACGAGACAAGCACCAUUUGGCAGACCUAAGCCAUUUGAUCCGUCACGAUGCCCCUUACUUAUUUCAAAAAUACGUUAAAGAGUCCCAUGGCAAGGAUGUACGUGUCAUCGUAGUAGGAGGCCGUGUGGUGGGCACCAUGCUCCGCUGCUCAACAGAUGGGAGGAUGCAGAGUAACUGCUCACUUGGUGGCGUAGGGAUGAUGUGCUCACUGAGUGAACAAGGCAAGCAGUUGGCAGUCCAAGUGUCAAACAUCCUGGGGAUGGACGUGUGCGGCAUUGACCUGCUGAUGAAGGACGACGGUUCAUUCUACGUCUGCGAGGCCAAUGCAAAUGUAGGUUUCAUUGCCUUUGACAAGGCCUGUAAUCUAGAUGUAGCUGGUAUCAUAGCGGACUAUGCCGCUUCUCUCCUUACCCCCGGUCGCUUGACGCGGCGCAUGUCCUUGCUCUCUGUGGUGUCCACGGCAAGCGAGACUAGCGAGCCAGAGCUGGGCCCUCCAGCUAGUGCCGCUGUCGACAAUAUGAGUGCUAGCUCCAGCUCUGUCGACAGCGACCCUGAGACCACGGAGAGAGAGUUGCUCACCAAGCUCCCGGGGGCUCUAUUCAACAUGAACCAGCUGUUAGCCAAUGAGAUCAAACUUCUCGUGGAGUGACGCCACAUGUAAAUAGAUGACCGACAGAACUCUCUCUUGUAAAUUUUUUUUUUAAACCAACUUGCAAUGCUGUUUAUCAGAGAAGCUCAGAGGAAUGAGGAAAGUGGGGGGGGGUGUCAGUCAAGAGAGCAAGAGUAAAAGGCAUGUGUGCUGUGAUUGCUGCCCCUGCUUUUUUGCAGAAUGUAAAACUCUGUUCAUUCUUCAGCAUCAGUUUUCUAAUGAAGAUGCUCAGUUCAUAACCUAAGUGUGAAUUUUAUUUGGAUGCUGCGUUGGUCCCCAGACGUAUUGCAGUUCAUGUGUGUUCACAAGCAAGCAUUGAAGCAUGAUUCACACUUGAAGAUUUUCAGAAAGUUGUCUGGCAGCUCUCUGGAAACUUGUGUGAAUUACUGCACCAGUUAA